GCCUGUCCUCCAUUGGCUCCGGUCGACUCACUCAACUCGACUCGGCCGAGCGCGUUGCACACGUGCUGCGUUCGCUCUCGCUAGCGAAACUUCACUCGCUACGUUCGACAAUUCGUAAAAGUGGUGUAUUUGAACUAUCAGUUUUGAGUUCGCCAAUACUUUCUUUUUAUUUGCGUUCGGACAGUUUUUAUUUUGUGUUGUUUACUUUGGUUUGUGACUUUAACACAUUGGAGGUGUACGGUUCAUUUCCAAUACGGCCGUCUGUUUACGGACCGCAGGCGAGCCGGCCACGUUAUAAUGUAAGCGGCGCAAGACGACGCGCGUCUUCCCUCAAGGUGUUUGCGAUGUGGUGCCCGUGGAUCGCUUUGCUGGUGUCCUGUGCACUGGCGGUGGCCGAGGAGGCGGAGGGGCCAGUGGCGACGGGGCCGGUGACGACGGGGCCGCUGGCGACGGCGCCAGUGGCGACCACCCGCGCACCGCCGCGCACGCUCGACCGGCAGCUGGGCGAGCUGGCCUGGCCCUCCUGGAUAAAGAGUUCCGAGAACAACAACCAGAACACGCCACCUAGACGCAUCACGACAAAGUCACUCUUCAUCACGCCACUAGUCUGCCCUAAAGGACAUCGACUCGAUGGAUCUGCUUGUGUCCAGGUCCUUACAGUAAAUAAAGAUGACCACGAGCGCAUCUUGCUGCAAGAGCUGAACGCUUUGUUUACUUCCGCUCCGAACAAUGGCGAUGUGGUUUAUGAUUACGGAGAUGAAGACCCAGGACCCCUGCAGCUGUCCAUACCCAUAGGAAUAGACCCACUCCAAGAAUCGUCUCCUCAGGCACAAGAAUACGCAAAGCUUGACAAGAAAGGUGACAAUACUGACGCUAGUGUAGAGGCUGAAUUAGAGUUAUUGAAGUUGCAACAAGCACAGUACGCUAAACUUAACAUCACGCAAAACGGAAACAAUAUUCUGUCUCACAAUGUAUUGCACAACUUACUGAGCUAUUCAGAUAAACCGAAACGGGACAGCCCGAUGAUUAACUCUACCGAAGUCGAAUCAUCAAAUAACACUGACGAAGGACAAAAGGAACUAGUUUUUGGACAAGUAAAUGUUGACCCAGUUUUGUACGACACAGAAAAUCAAAAUAAUCAAGCCGUAGUGGGCGAAUAUGAAAGUGAAAAAACAAACGAACAACUUCCUCAAGAGCAAAACGAUGCACCAGCAGUAAGUAAUACUAAUACAGCUAUUUCAUUAAACGACACAUCUAAUUCAACAGCGCCGAUCUCAAAGAACGGUGCAGAAGCAGAAAAACUUAACCCAGAAAAUGAUUAUUCUGAUAUUGGAGAGGCAAUUAAGCUGAUUAGCAGGUAUGCUGAAGUAUCCACAGAUGACAACUUUACCAAAGACGACAAAACUGUCCCGUCAGAAGACAGUAUACUAGGUACACGCACAAAACUACAACACCGCCGCAAUAAGCCAAAGCUCUCCAAUAGAUUGCAGAAACCUGAAACUCCAACAUUGGAUAUCGCUACAGAUACUGAUGACGUUCAAAACGAGAAGAUCCAACAGCAAAAUGUUGUUUACUAUAGAUAUCCCUGGCCGAGUGAAAAUACUGGAUCACAGCCGUCGAACUACCCGUUCCGUCAUUUGCAAGAUUACUGGCCUGGACGAAGUCAGGUUGGAGGAGUUUAUAAUACAAUGCACGGAAACCCGCGGCGACAUCAUCAUUCGUACCCUCACUAUUUUCGCCCUCGUGGCUAUCAAUAUGUGGGAUAUACAGACACACAUGCAGGUUUGCAAGAGGCUUAUUCCGGACUUCGGCGAUACCCACAUAAAAUUGUCGGGCAUGAUACUAGUCCCAUUAGAUCUCACGCUAACAAUCAAGAUUUAUACAGCCUGCUCGGUUUAAGGCAUUGGUUCAGCAGUGAGGGAGCGACGAAAAGAUAGUUCUUUUCAUUCGCACUUAGACAAUUCGAUGUUACCCGACGACAUAUAAUGGAAGCUAUGGGAAAUCCUACUAGGUACCUACGCGCAUUUUUAACUUUAUCUAUUAAAAAGUUGCUAACUGGGUUAUCAUCAACUAUAACAUAAAGUUUUCAUUUCCGCCAUAGCUUUCACUAUAUUUAGCCUAUUUAUUUUAAAGCCAAAUACUACAGUCAUAGUUGUGUAAUAUUUUUGUUAGCUAUUUUAAGUUCAUGUAAAUAUUUCUGCACUAAGCGUUUCUUACUACUGAAAAUUUAACGUUUCUCCAUUAGUAUUAUCGUUGUUUUGUAUUAUGUAAAUUGUUGUAUUACUAAUUUAUGUUUAUUUGAUGUAUAUUUUUUGUGACUUGUGAAUUAUUCGUAUGUAAUGCAAAUUAUGGUUUCUUAAGAUACGGUACAAAUAUGAAUUGGCACUGGCUUGCCC